GAUCUACUCACCUCACCCCCAGCCUUCCCUAGCCGGACUGCAACCAGGACCCGUCCCUGCUCCUCACCAUCAGCGUCAUUGGUGUCACACUGCUCCUGAUGGCCCUGAAGAGCAUGAACUCCAGAAGGAGACGCCUUAUCACCUUACAAGAUCCUGAAGCCACGUACCCACUGCCCUUGAUUGAGAAAGAGCACAUCACCCACAACACCCGGAGGUUCCGCUUUGGACUGCCCUCGCCGGAUCACAUCUUAGGGCUUCCUGUAGGUAACUAUGUCCAACUCCUGGCCAGAAUUGGUGGUGAGAUGGUGGUCAGGGCUUACACGCCCGUCUCCAGUGAUGAUGACCAAGGCUUUGUGGACUUAAUUAUAAAGAUCUACUUCAAAAAUGUAAACCCCCAUUAUCCAGAAGGGGGGAAGAUGACUCAGUACUUGGAGAACAUGAAAAUUGGGGACACCAUUCUUUUUCGAGGGCCAAUUGGGCGCCUGUUCUACCAUGGGCCAGGGAAUCUUGGAGUCAGACCAGACAAAACGAGCGAGCCUAAAAAAAAACUGGUCGAUCACCUGGGAAUGAUUGCUGGGGGCACAGGCAUUACACCCAUGCUGCAGCUCAUUCGCCACAUCACCAAGGACCCCAGUGACAGGACCAAGAUGUCCCUCAUCUUUGCCAACCAGACAGAGGAGGAUAUCUUGUUGAGAAAGGAGCUUGAAGAGACUGCUAGGACUCACCCAGACCAGUUCAUCCUGUGGUACACCCUGGACAGACCUCCUGUUGGCUGGAAGUACAGCUCAGGCUAUGUUACUGCGGACAUGAUCAAGGAACAUCUCCCUCCUCCUGGGAAGUCCACGCUCAUCCUGGUGUGUGGCCCCCCACCCCUGAUCCAGUCAGCUGCUUGCCCGAAUCUGGAGAAGCUGGGUUAUACCAACGACAUGAUUUUCAUCUACUAACACCUCCCAUGUUCUUAGCAAAUUCGCCUGGCCACUUUCAUCUGAGUUUGGCUUCACCAUGUUAAACUGUUUUCAGAAGUGCCUUGUCACACACCUCUGGGGAACAUACACUGGUGUUCCCCUCCUUUGGGUGUGAGCCUAAGAAGGGUUCAAAGGGCUGGAGGCAAAGUGGCUUCUGAGGCCUCCUUGCUUGGAGGCUGGAAGGAGCUCCAUUUCAGUCUCUUUCUCCUUGGUUUGGUGAAAUAAACUUAAGUACAAAGCAGGG